AUGAAAAUUUGGUUAGUGAUUAGAGUUGAUUGGUACCUAAUAGCCAUCUCCUCGUUGCCCCUGCCGCCGUCAAGCCACAUCGUGACUCAUAACCUUACCCCAGAUCCAGUCACCCCGAGUCCAGCAGAGUUCUUCUCUGAUGUCUUGCCUAACAAACCCAGUCUACAGCGGCGUGCAAGGCUCCUCUCCGCAGAAGCGCACUUCUCAUAUGUGAACCCAAUGCCACUAGAGUUUCCCUAUGAAAUCACUCCCCCCGACCCACCUGCUGUCAUCGAGGACAAGGCUGGAUACAUCGAGAAAUGGCUCAGCGAGCGCGAAGCUAUUCAUCCAUCUCCAGUUAGCAGUCAAAUGCAGCCUUCAUUAAACAAGUAUACCUCCAAGCUCAGAAAUCGGAAGAGGGAGCUCAUCGGGUUGUCCGAGACAUGCCUCAGAGACUGCCUGCCACAUCUAGACUGCCUGGGGAAACCAGCCUUGGCCCCUCUUAUAGAAGAAGAGGCUGAGGCUGUCCGCCAAGAAUUGGUGGAUGUUUUAAGUGGCCAUGCCGUUCUGAUGGCACCCGAGUCCAGCUCAAAUCCUAGCUUCGCACCCUGGUCCGCCAGGUACAGUGGCCACCAGUUUGGCGUCUGGGCUGGUCAACUUGGUGAUGGCCGUGCCAUUUCUAUCCAUGUUACACCGCACCCCGAAGACGUCGAAACCACAUACGAGCUGCAACUGAAGGGUGCUGGACGGACACCCUUCUCCCGCAGUGCGGAUGGUUUAGCCGUUCUUCGCUCAUCCAUCCGAGAAUACCUCUGCUCAGAAGGGAAACCGCCUUGUAUCUUCACGCGUGUUGCACAAUCAUUCAUCCGUAUCGGCAACUUCGAAGCCCUCAGCCCUCCAUCCAACACUUUCUUCCUCGGCGGCGGCCAGCAAAAUCUGGGUGAAUGGACGGCGAGGAGAGCUGGUGAUGCUUGGGGUAAAGAGCUUAUCUUGGAUGUUGCAAGACGAAAUGCACAGAUGGUGGCUGCAUGGCAAGCUUAUGGAUUUAUGCAUGGUGUUAUGAACACGGACAACAUAUCAAUUCUUGGGCUGACAAUAGAUUACGGUCCAUAUGCAUUCAUGGACGUCUUCGACCCAUACCAUAUCUGCAAUCACUCUGACGCAGAAGGUCGUUACGCAUAUAAGGUGGAUACACCACCAUUGUCCGCUUACGCCUGUCGUGCCCUCCUGGACGCGCUCGCCCCCCUCAUCGGCGCAGAAGCCGACCAGGGCAACAAAGCAGUCCAACCCGGCUGGGCAUCCUCAGUCACACCCGAAACACUCGUCUCAUGGCGUACAGUAGGCAAAAACCUCCCGAAAGCCGAAAUGGAGCGGAUCCUCGAAGAAGCCUUUGACAUGGAAUAUGCAAACUUGAUGCGUAAACGCCUGGGACUUCGUCGUCAGGAGAAAUCGGACCAGCGUUCGAUCGUGCAACCGCUUUUGGACAUGAUGGAGGCGCAACGGUUGGAUUUCCAUGGUACUUUUAGGCGGCUUGCUGAGAGAAUGGAGACGUUCAUCAAGGGGAUCUUGAGCGGGACACCUGAUCCGGACAGUAUGGAUUACGUCUCGGCUGCUGAACAGUGGUUAACUUGGCUGGACAAGUACAGUUCGCGCAUUGAAAGCGAGCGCCGUGGGAAGGAGUGGGCUGGUGAGGCUGACUUUGACAAUGCCAGACAAGCCGCUGCCAAAAGUGCGAACCCGCGUUUUGUGCUUAGACAGUGGGUACUCGAGGAGCUCAUCAAGAAAGUCGAGGGAGACCAUGACAGUGGGAAACGUAUCAUGGCUAAAGUGAUGCAGAUGGCGUGCAAGCCCUUCGAAACGUGGGGAGCAGAAGGUGAUGACACACCAAGCGAUGAACUCCCAGCAGAGAUUAGAGAGGAGCGGCGUUUGUGUGGGCUGGGCGACAAGAGAUUGUUGGGCUUCCAAUGCAGUUGCUCAAGUUGA